AUGAAGUUCGUCUGGAUGGACGGCGAUCCAGGGCACGAUGAUGCCUUUGCUAUCUUACUCGGACUUCAUUGUCCUCACAUUAAGCUGCUUGGAAUAUCAACGACAUACGGCAAUGCUAGCGGUCCUUGGACUGCAGUAAACGCGGCCCGGUGUCUUCAUUUAUUUGGAGCGGCUUCCACGUAUCCGGAAAUCCGCGUCUAUCCCGGGGCUGCGAAGCCUUUGCUUCGACCCACGAAGCACGCCCCAAAAAUUCAUGGUGUUGAUGGGUUGGGAUGUGUGCAAGGACUCCCAAACGCGCAAGACCCAAAUGUGACGCGCUGGAUGGCGGGAACCGCUGAACGGGCUAUCAAUGGCCUCUCCGCCGCAGUGCGGAAUACAUGGGACAAUGGUAAAGGCAGUAAGGUCUCCAUCAUCUCCAGCGGUCCCAUGACGAAUAUCGCGUUGUUUGUUUCCGUCUAUCCUGACCUUUUAGAAGUCAUUGAAGAAAUUGUUUUUAUGGGUGGGGGAAUCGGGAUAGGCAACAAGUCCACUGUCGCAGAAUAUAACAUCGCGUGCGAUCCCCUUGCCGCUCAAAUUUUACUCGAUGCACCUGUCAAGAAGACGAUGAUCCCGUUGAACGUGACCCAUAUGGCCAUUUUAACGCCCCAGAUUCACGCAAAGCUACUUUCCCCUGCCUAUGACUGGCAAGGAGCUGACCUCCCGUUACCAACAGCCUCUUCCAACCUGCGGGAAAUGUUGUCCGCUUUGAUCAGUUCCUUUGCAGAGUCAUAUCGAAAAGCGUUUGGUUUCGCCGACGGACCACCUCUUCACGAUGCACUCACCGUUGCAUAUAUUGCCUGCCCUGACAUCUUCAGUGCAAAGCGAUUCCGAGUUGACGUCGAGCAAAGUGGGAUCCAUACGUCUGGGGAAACGGUGGUUAAUCUCUGGGACUACCAAAACUGUGAUGAUGGAUGGGGUGUUGGUGGAAAUAAUUGUCUAGUCACCCAAUCGGUUGAUGUUGACGCGUUUUUCGGCUUUUUCGACGAGUGUAUCCAGCGAUGUGAUGCAGUCUCUCCAUUGAAUGUCUACUGA